AUUUUUUUUUUACAUGUUGGCAACUUAUGGACCCCAUUUUUGACUUAUAAUUUGAAAAAAAAAAAAAAGGGUAUUUCUUUUCGUUAAUUUCAUUUCCCAAUUUGUGUUUUUUCGUUGUUUUCUGAUUAGAUUUAUGGGAUCGGAAAAGGGGUUUGAGAAUUGAAUAAGGGAUUUCAUGGGGUUUGAUUUGAUUCAUCAAUUGCAAGAUGUGGCGAAGAAUGGAGUUUUGGCAGUGCAAACGCUGAGAAACAAUAUAAUGGCGUCCACGGUGCUUGCGUCGACGGCGAUCAUGCUCAGCUCUUUGAUCGUCGUUCUGAUGUCGAGCGGCAACGGCAACAGGUUGGGGCUGGGUUGGUUCGACUACGGGGACAGAAGCGAGCGUGCCUUCUCCAUCAAAUUCUUCUCCAUUCUGGCAUGCUUCCUGGUGGCGUUCCUGCUCAACGUGCAGUCGAUACGGUACUACAGUGACGCCAGCAUCCUCAUCAACGUGCCGUUCAAGAAGACAUCGCCCCACCAGCGCCACCAGCAGCUGAGGGCAGAUUACGUGGCGACGACGGGGAACAGGGGAAGCUAUUUCUGGUCAUUGGGCCUGCGGGCUUUCUACUUCUCUUUGCCUCUUUUUUUGUGGAUCUUUGGUCCCAUUUUAAUUACCCAUGAAUGUCAAUGAUAUUCUCCUUGUUUUUCUCUUAUCAUGGUCUUCAUUUUAAUUGUACACAACUGAUCUCUAAUUUUGCAUUAUUUGGAAAUCUUCACUAGCAUCCAAAGGAUGGUAGCAUUUUGUAGCUGGUCAGUUUGGUGUGGAUGGAGUAAAGUGCUUGGGUAGUU